AUGGCUUCUUCUUCAUCAAAACAGCUAUGGGAGUAUCUCCAAGAGCAACAGAAGCCUUUUGUGCUAGACGCUUACCUUUCAGAACGAAAGAUCAUGUUGAACAAGAAGCAAAAGGGACCACGCAGUUAUGAUUUGAACAAAAGAAGGAUUGAGCAGACUAGGAAGAUCCUGAAGUUGUUGCUGCUUAAGUUCACUCGCACUAGUCAAAACCAGCCAGUUUCAAGCUGCCAUAAAGCUCAGAAACACGAACCUGUUUCGAAAACAAUUGAAAAGCCCCGGCAGUUUGGAGAAAUAGAGUGGCUUCCUACAGGGAGCAGUUCAGUUGCAGUUCGUGAAUCUUUCAGAUGCAACGUUAAAGAUUCACAUUUUUAUGAAAAUCAUGCCCCUCAUCGUCCAAAAACUUCUCAACCCUUGACACAUAGCAGUUUGAAACAAAAGAUUUACUGACAAAAGUUAAGCAGGCUGCUGCAGAUAUAAAUUUUCAGUGGGAAUGCAUGGAAGAGAAUGAGCAACUCAGCCCAGUGUCAGUGCUAAAUGAACUACCAUCAAUAAACAAAGGUACAAAGAAUCAUUUAUUUCAUUUAUGAAUAACAUGGCAACUUUCUUGAUUUAUAAUUUUAGAUUAGUAGUAACCCAUCCUUACAAUGAACAGUGUCUCGCUUCCUGCCAAAACAAGAAGGAAAAGCUGCAUCAGCUUCAAGCACCGUUUUGAGUAGAAAUGCUGAGGAAGACAACAUGCUCUCAGCUUUCUUGUGCGACUUACUAGUUAAAUCAUUGAUUGAAAAGCAUAGCCUUGCUGGUUUCGCAGAUUUACAGGAGGUUGUUGGGCCUGCUUUUUCUCAGCACCUGAAAAACAAUAGGGUCUUACGGCAAAACAUGCAGCUACUUUUUGAUUGUGUAAACGAAGCCAUAGAAGUACAUAGAAGGAUGCACAGAAGAAAGCAGCACGCUCAAGAAUUCAAAAGUCUACAAGAGCUUGGGAAAAUCAUCUGCGAGCAAAUUUGCUCAUGGGGAAAACAAGAAGCAACCGAACAAAUAAAUAUUAAUGUAUCUAGCACAGUAGAAUAUGGCCGUUAUUCGCAGCAGAGGAUAGGGACUGAGAUAGGAGACGCUAUAUUGAAUGAAAUAAUUCAGGAAGUGCUUGAUUUA